CUGUCCCCUCUCGGCACACAGCCGCAGCUAGGGGUGUUGGAGAAAUAUAAAUUUACUGUCAGGAGGGAACAUCCCCCUCUCGCCAGAACACUCAUCACUGCACACUUGAAUCGAGCACAUACGUAUUUAUUAUCAUGUCCCUUGUUCACUUCCACUACGACCCUUUCACCGAGUUCGAGCGCCUCUUCGACGAUGCUUUCAGCGCCCGGUUCCGUCCGACAUCUGACGUCAGUCGAGCCGUCGAAAGCGGGUCUCGCCUUGGGACAUUCCGCCCAAAGAUGGAUUUGAUCGAGAAAAAAGAUAGCAAUGAAGUCACAGCCGUGUUUGAUUUGCCUGGCAUGCAGCCGGAGAAUGUCUCGAUUGACGUGCAGCAGAACCGCCUCACCAUCUCAGGGGAAAUGGGUGCAGAGAGUGCGCGCCAAGAGGAGGAUUACGCUGUGCGUGAGCGCACAUACGGAAAGUUUUCUCGUAUCUUGCAACUGCCUAUGGGAACAAAGCCUGAGGAUGUCAAAGCAAAGAUGGAGAAUGGAGUUUUGAGCGUCACUUUCCCCAAAGUUGGAAAGGAGCAGGAAACCAAGCGUAUUUCUAUCACUUGAUUGAUCAUGCCGCAAAAAAUGUUCCUCAAGAAACGUUGUUCCCUGCCAUUGUACAAUAGUAAUCAUCAAUGUA